GUGUGUAACGGAGUCUCCCCCCCCGUUGUAGGAUGAAGGACUUGGGGGUCUCUCUGUCGCCCGGACAGCGCGUGGCUCUCACGUGGGAUGGAGGCUCCUCGGAGGAUCUGGAGCGUUUGGUGUCGCGGGUACAGGAGACGAUCUCACCCGGAGGGACCGUUUCUGUGGAGAACGUGCACCGCCUGGUGCUGUCCGCCCACCCGGCGUCCAGCUUCGAUGCCGUCCUCCUGGGUCUGCUCCCCGACAGCGUGUGCGUUCACAGCUACGACGUGCUGGCCGAAGCGGCUCGCAUCUUGAAACCAGGAGGGGUUGUGGUGAUUCGGGAGCCUGUGUCCACCGGAGCGGGUAACGAGGGGGGGCUUCGGACCCCAGAGCGCCUGUCCUCUGCUCUCACGCUGUCGGGACUGACGGGAGUGGCGCAGCUGCGCCAAGAGCCCCUUUCCCCCCAACAAUCGCAGGCGCUCGGCGAGAAGCUGGCGGUCUCCUCCGAUGACAAAUCCGCAGUCCAAGUAAUCGGGAAGAAACCCAGCUUUGAGGUUGGAUCCUCUCGACAGCUGUCUCUCUCCAAGCACCCCGUACCGGUGAAACCUUCGGUGGAUCCCGCAGCCGUGAAGCUCUGGACUCUUUCAGCGAGUGACAUGAAUGAUGAGAAUGUGGACCUUCUGGACUCUGAUGAGUUACUGGAUCAGGACGACCUGCAGAAGCCUCUUCCGUCCUCCUUGAGCUCCGGUGGAUGUGGGGAAGGAGGUGAAAAGAAACGAAAAGCUUGUAAAAACUGCACUUGUGGAUUAGCUGAGGAGCUGGAGGAGGAAAAGACGCAGCAGAUUUCCCCCAAGAAUGCCCCUUCUGCCUGCGGCAGUUGUUAUUUAGGAGACGCGUUCCGCUGUGCCAGCUGUCCGUAUCUCGGGAUGCCAGCGUUUCAGCCCGGUGAGAAGGUCCUUCUGAAGCCCACACAGCUCCAGGACACGUAGCGUGUGGAAGCGGCACGCAGUGCAUGUGCAAAGGAGCCUGAUGGAGGUGCUUUGCUCGUGGAACCUAUAAUGUGAAGGGCUUGCCAGAGCGUUGACAGCUGACAAGUGUGCAAGAGAUCGUUCGUGGCUGUUGUGUGAUUCAUUUUGGACCUGUUCCCACGCAGAGGGCCCGAAAAUUGCUUUUUUUUUUUUUUUCCUUGCAUUUUAACACAACGUUGCUCAAAAAUGUCAUGCACAGGCCCACGCGAGAAACUCAAGAUAUGAAGGAGAAGGUCAGAUUUUGCUGCCAGGGUGUUUGUGGGUCUGUGGAAAUUCCUCUGCAUGCCGUGCGAAGCACGUCGCGGUCUUAACCUUUCGCUCGCUGUGUCCGGUAGAUCUUGUCAUUGUCUUUGCUUUGAAAUAAAACAUUUAUUUAGGAUGUGCU